ACCUGGGCGGUUACUCACCUGUACAGUGGGGCAGCUAAGUACGCGGAAAGGCUUCGAAAAACGCGGAUAAAACUCCAACUUUCAAUCGUACAAACUCAUAGCGGUUUCGAUGACUCUUGCAAUCGAUAAGCAGCUGUUCCGAUAGGUGGUCAGCUGUUGGGCCGGCAAGUUUACCAACACUGGUGCCAAAUCAAAACAAAAAUGUUGCGUGCUUUGCCGAACUCCUGGAAAAUAUCCAAAUAUGCAACAGGUUGGACGCCACAGGUGCUCCGCUUCGCCAGCAGUGCAGCUAGUGACCUGGUCCUGGUCAAGGAGGAGCAGGGAGUGCGGGAGAUAACACUGAAUCACCCGAAAACCCUGAACUCCCUAUCACUGGAGAUGAUGACUGCCCUUCAGGAUGCCCUGAUCAAGGAUAAGGACAAUGUGGACCUGAGAUGCGUGGUCCUCACGGCCCAGGGCAAGAUCUGGUCGGCGGGCCACAACCUCAAGGAGCUGCACAACGACCCCAAGGUACAGACCUGCGUGUUCCAGAAGCUAACCGACGUUAUAAGCGACAUCCAGAAGCUGCCGGUGCCCGUGAUAGGAAAGGUCAAUGGCUAUGCGGCGGCUGCGGGUUGCCAACUGGUGGUCUCCUGCGACAUGGUGGUCUGCUCCAAGAACAGCAAGUUCUCCACCCCGGGAGCUGGUGUAGGAGUUUUCUGCUCCACUCCCGGCGUGGCCGUCGCCCGCAUCAUGUCGCGUCCAAAGUCCGCCUAUAUGCUGAUGACAGGUCUUCCCGUGACCGGCGAAGAAGCCUACAUUUCGGGCAUGGUCACCAAAGCAGUUCCAGCCGAGGAUCUGGAUAAGGAGAUCGAGGAAAUCACCAACGCCAUCAAGGCCAAGAGCCGGGCCGUCAUCUCCCUGGGCAAGGAGUUCUACUACAAGCAGCUGGCCAUGUCCCAGGCGGAAGCUUUCGCUGCUGCCCAGGCGAAGAUGUGCGAGAACUUUCAGCUGGGCGACACCAAAGAGGGCAUCGCCAGCUUCUUCGAGAAGCGUCCUCCCAACUGGAAGCACCAGUAACCGAAACUGCCGAUGGAGGACUAUGAAACAAUGAUGGACCAAUGUGCAUUUAAACCUUUAAGCUAAGUAUGUCCGACGUGACAGAAAAUGUUAUAAAUAUAAACUGUUUUCAUAUUUUUAAAAGUUGAUUCCUUUUUAAUAUGUCAAACCUUUUUAUGCUAUUUUGAGUUUGAAAAAUGAUAAUGGAAAACUAAUUAAUUUAGAAAUUAAAUAUUGUGCCAAAUUAGAUCAGCAAACAUUCUUCAAAAAUAAGUAAAACGAGUUGAGGUGCUUUCGAAAAGUGCUCAUUCCUUUUUAGGUGUUUAGUUUAUUUAAAGUGUUUUGUGAAAAUAUUUAAAAAAAUACAAUUACAAAUUUGAAUAAAUAAAAUGAAUAAUGUGA